AUGUUGUCAUCUUUCUCUUUACUAUACUCCAACCAAACAAAUGAAUCAAACCAUUUCACAAGAAAACGUCGAUUACUCUCCCCCAUAAGUGUUGCCGAACACUAUGAACAAGUGAUCGGAACCGAUGUGAGUGAAUCCCAGCUGCAGCAUGCAAUACCGCAUCCUCGGGUUCGAUAUGCCCACACGGCAUUGAACAUUACAGACGAGGAAGUAAUAGCCUUGUUAGGUGGUGAAGAUUCAGUUGACUUGGUGACUGUGGCUACAGCUGUACACUGGUUCGACCUACCAAAGUUUUACAAUCUUGUUUCACGUCUUUUGAAAAAGCCAGGAGGUGUAUUGGCUGUUUGGACUUACUGUGGCAUUGAAGUAAGUCCAACAUUUGAUCCUGUUAUGAAGCGAUUUCAUGACACAGCACUUCCCUUUUCGGACAAUAGAGCUCAGUAUGCGUUUGAUGGCUAUAAGACACUUCCAUUUCCUUUUCAAAGUGUUGCGGGUUUCGGAUGCGAAGGGAACCCGUUGCCACUGGCCAUUCCGGCAAAGCUGUCAUUUGAAGGGUUUUUGAAGUUUCUGAGGUCAUGGUCUGCAGUCACUACAGCCAAGGACCAAGGUGUGGAUUUGUUACCUGAAAAGGUGGUUAAAGAGUUUGAAGCUGCUUGGGGUGAUUCUAAAUUGGUCAAGUCUGUCAGCUACAAGGCUUUUAUGCUUGCUGGAAAAGUUAAGCUGUGAAGCCUGUGGUAUUAUUAUUAUGCAUAUUGAAUUUGAAACAGAGAGUAGGAAAGUGGGGAUUGAAGAGGGUGCGUAGGAGUUGCUUAAAUAAAGCUUGUAGUUUGAUAUUC